UCUUCGAUUGGAAUGGCAAACAGCUGUUAACUGGCAAGCUGUCAACGGUGAAUGGCAAAUACAACAGCUGUGUCAUUUUGUUAGUGAAAAUUCACGGCCAACACCGACGUAUGAAAUUCGCGGUCAACGUUUCGGCAACACGGAAAUCGCCAAAAUUGUUUAUGUAAUAUGUUAAGCUGACGUGAAGAAUUCCAAUAGACUGCCCAACAAACUGUGUGAUAUAACAUUUUGGCCAUAAAAUGUUGAUUUAUAAAGUGGGUUCAGUCGCGCGCUUGGCUCUGCGUUCCCAAUCGAAAUUGUUGCUCCAAUUAGAACAAACAUGUGUAAUCUUGCAAUACCGCCACCUGAGUCCGCUGGCAGAGUAUCAGAAGCGAGUCUCUUCUGGUCAACUAAAGCACGAUAACAAGCAGCAACAAACAAUGCAGGCACUGGACGACCUCUACAAUCGACUCCAAGGAUAUAAGCCUUCCACACAGGGAGGAGGAUCUGGCGGUGGAUUCUUUUCAUCAUUGUUCGGCAGUAAAUCCAGUGAUAGCAGUGAUGCAGAUGACGAUUUGAAUGCGGGCAGCCACGCCCCCCAAGGUUUAUACAUCUACGGUAGUGUGGGUGUGGGCAAGACCACGCUAAUGGACAUUUUUUACGAUUGCUUUACAGAUGUCCAUCAAAAGCGUCGAGUACACUUCACCGCUUUCAUGACGAAGGUGCACGCGCUUAUACACGAAGCGAAGGAACGACAGGGUCCAGCGGAUCGUGCCUUCAAUUCGGAGAAACCAGCCCCAUUCGACCCAACUAAGCCCGUUGCGGAUAUUAUAGCAAACGAAUCUUGGCUCAUUUGCUUUGACGAGUUUCAAGUGACAGAUAUUGCGGACGCGAUGAUACUUAAGCGACUAUUCACGCACCUUUUCAGACAUGGCAUUGUCGUAAUCGCUACAAGCAAUCGACAUCCAGAGGAUCUCUACAAGAACGGAUUACAACGUGUCAACUUUUUGCCGUUUAUUAGUCUCCUACAGAAACGCUGCCAAACAGCAAACCUUGACUCGAUUGAUUAUCGACGCGUCGCCCAAUCUGGCGACACUAACUAUUUCGUGAAAGGUCAGACGGACGCUAAUGAGAUGAUGAAUCGCAUGUUCAAGAUUCUGUGUUCAGAGGAGAAUGACAUCAUAAGACCCCGCGCAAUCACACAUUUCGGUCGCGAAUUGACUUUUGAACGCACGUGUGGACAGGUCUUGAACAGCACCUUCAAUGAGCUCUGCGACCGCCCAUUAUCAGGUAAUGACUACGUCCAAAUAGCACAGUUCUUUCAUACAGUACUCAUACACGACGUGCCCCAGCUGAACCUUAACGUGAGAUCCCAAAUGAGGAGAUUUAUCACGCUUAUUGAUACUCUGUACGAUAAUCGGGUACGCGUUGUUAUCUCAGCGGAUAAACCGCUGGACCAGCUUUUUGAAGUCUCUGGUAAUUCUAAAGGAAUAUCUGAUUCGGAUCGUUCUUUAAUGGACGACCUGAAACUGAGCGAGACUUCUUCAAGCGUUUUUACUGGAGAAGAAGAAUUAUUCGCCUUUGAGCGCACAAUAUCCCGACUAUACGAGAUGCAGAAACAAUCAUACUGGGAGCAGUGGUCGAAGCAUCGUUGACUUAACAAUAUACUAUUUUUACCCGUUCCAACUUCAAUGCAAAAUUUUAGUAUAAUUAGGACAAUAAAAUAACAGCAAUUAUUGGUUGUCACAAA